UGGGCGCUGGGUCGCAGCCCUGGUGCCCCCCCCCCGCCAACCCACACGGGCAGCCCAAGGGGGGGGCGACUGCUGGGACACCCCCCCCCCCCAGAAGGGAGCGGGGCGAGGGCUGGGGCGCCUCUUCUUCUUCUUCUUCCCAGGCAGCCCUCUGGAAGUGUGCCCCAUCCAUGAUGGGGCUGGGGGGGGAGGUGAGCGAAGCGCACCCCCCCCCGAUGAUCUCCCAUCCCACGGGCACCCCCCUCGUCUCCCCCGAAGCCUUUGGAAGCCGAGGAGGCGGCCUCCCCCUCCCCAAAAGUCACGUGUGCAGCAGAGCCUGGCUGGCCCCCCCAUUGCCGAGCCCCCUUCCCCCCCAGCUCAGCUCCUUCCGUGCCCCCCCCCCGCGCCCAUUGAUUGCCCCACAAGGGCGAGCCUGGGAGCGGAGGAGGGGGUGGGGGGCAGCCAAGAGACCCCCACUCGCUCGCUCGCCCGCCCAGCCUCCUCCAGUGCCCAGAGUACCCUGGCAUGAAGGGGAAGCAGGCGUGCCCCUCCCUUGCAGCAGCGCUAGGAAGGGAAGGGGGUGCUGCACCCCCGGGCGCCCAGGCAUGUGGCUGGACUACAAGGCCCAUCAUCUCCCCCCACCACAGGGGCUGAAGGCAUGUCGGGUGAUUCCCGGGGUGUGUCAGGCUGUUUGGAACAGGGGCUUCCCAACUUGGGUCUCCAGAGGUUGCUGGACCACAACUCCCAUGAUCCCCAGCCACAAAGGCUGGACAAUAGCUAGGAGGCCAAGGCUGAGAACCCCUGAGAUAUGGACCCAGGCUCUGUGUUCUGCUAUGAAUAGGAGCUGGGGAGGGACCCAGAGGCCUUCCUUCAACAAGAAGAGCCCUGCUGGAUCAGGCCCAAGGAGGCCCAUCUAGGCCAGCAUUCCGUUUUGCACCAUGGCCCACCAGAUGCCGCUGGAAGCCUACAGGCAGGAUUUGAAAGAAGCAUGCCCUCCCUCCGGCCGUUACUCCCCUGCAAAUAGUACUCAGAGGCCUCCUGCCUCUGAGGCUGGAGGUGGCCUAUAGCCCUCUGACUAGUAGCCAUUGAUAGACCUCUCCUCCAUGAAGUUCUCCAAACCCCUCUUAAAGCCAUCCAGGUUGUUCACUGUCCCCACAUCUCAUGGCAGAGAAUUCCACAAGUGGAUUCUGCGUUGUGUGAAAAAGUACUUCCAUUUGUUGGUCCUAGAUUUCCUGGCAAUCCAUUUCAUGGGAUGACCCCUGGUUCUAGUGUUAUGUGAGAGGGAGAAGAAUUUCUCUCCAUCCACUUUCUCCACCCCAUGCAUGAUUUUAUAGACCUCCCUCAUGUCUCCCCGCAGUUGUCUUUUUUCCUUAACUAAAAAGCCUCAGGUGUUGUAGUCUUGCCUCGUAAGAAAGGUGCUCUAGGCCCCUGAUCCUCUGGGUUGCCCUCUUCUGCACCUUCUCAAGUUCUACAAUGUCCUUUUUUAGAUGUGGUGACCAGAAUUGUACGCAGUACUCCAAGUGUGGCCACACCCUAGUUUUGCAUAGUUUUCCCCCCUCUCACUGGGCUGUCCUGCCCCCAGAGUAAGCUUAAACGAUGCACACGCACAGAUGCUCUGCUUGAAGUGGACUCAGAGCAGGUGGGUGAGGGUGCAGCAGGGAAGUGUCAGGACUGGAGGGGGCGGAACUGGGGCAGUGCAGUGGGGCUGCAGGGUGGCUGGGAGAGCAGAAGCCUGUGCCCUGAGGCAGACAAGAAUGUGUGGGGGUACUUGGGGGGAGGGCGGGAAAGAGAAGCUCAUGCAGCUUGCUGGCACAGUCCCAAGCGCCCGGCUGCUCGCCUUGGUGACACAGUCUUAAGCACUUGGACUCUGAAGCCAGGCCCACAAAAUGCAAAGGGACUUACUCUCGAGUAAAGGUGCAUGGGAUUGUAGGCUUCACAUCCAGUGUUGAAGCCCACGAUUUGGGGGUUUGCUUGGCCCGGCAGUUUUGUCACAGUUUCUUCCCAGUGUGUAUGUGGGUUACGGUGGCUGGCAUGCAACACACCUUGUGCCAUGAUUUUUAGUGCUGCUGCUGCUGCUGUGAUGCAGCCUUGGCUGUGGAAACACUCCUCCCCACAUCCACUGAGAGCCCUUCUCGCGCCCCCCACCCCCAGUCACCGUUCUUGCCUACGGGGGCCUCAGAGCUUCUUGCUGCCCUUGGAGGAGGGCUAGUAAAUGCACGGACUGAGCCCCACUGGAGCAGGCCAAGCUGUUGUGAGGCGCUGCCACUUGUGAGUCAGAGAGGCCUGAGGCGGAGGGAGGCCAGGCUGCCGUCCUGCCUGCAGGUGUUUUGAAAGCCUGUAUGGCAGGUGGAGCUAACGUCUUCUGCAGAGGAGAGUUUUUGCCAGCUGCUGCUUGUUCUGACCUGCCUAGUUAUGACAUAUAUUUUUACGGAUAGUCCACCUGGCAGGACCUAAUUGGCGAAGGAACUAGUUUUGUCUUGCAUGGAACUGAAGGCAAGUGCUUGACUGAGGACUAGCCUCACUGAAAAGCUGAUGACAGAUAUACCAACAAAUGCUGCUUGAAUCUAUUGUCUUUUUGUCCCACCUUUCCAUCUUUUAGGAAAGCUGCCAUCCUUUUUAAUGUUAAAAGAGCAGCAGGUUCCACAGCAUGUUUCAGGUGCCGAUGCCUUUGGACCGGGACGGGACUCUCUUCCGGCUCCGUUUCACCACCCUGGCAGUUGGGACAGUGUGCUGCCCACUCUUUGGGUUCCUCUUCUGCGUGAUCUGGUCCUUGUUCUUCCACUUCCAUGAAAGCACGGCUACCCACUGUGGCGUCCCCAACUACCUCCCCUCCAUCAGUGCUGCCAUUGGCGGGGAGACUCCUGAGCGCUACAUGUGGCGUUUCUGCAUUGGGGUGCACUCAGCCCCCCGCUUCCUGGUAGCAUUUGUCUACCGGAGCCACUAUCGUAGCUGCCACUGCACACACCCCAGAUACCUCCAGCUGUGCAACGCGGCCUUCACAUUCAACCUGCUGGAGAAUGUCGCCCUUCUGCUGCUCACCUACGUCUCCUCCUCUGAAAACUACCUGAUCCAUGAGAAUGCGUUCAUCCUCUUCAUUGUUUCAGCCCUCAGUCACAUGUUGUUGACCUGCAUCUUGUGGCGAAUGACUAAGAAGCACACAGAGCGCCGGUCCUACAAGUGGAAGUUCUGGCUCUUCCUCUUCAACCUCUUGGUGUUCUCGGUGGCCGUGGGCUUCUACUUCCGCCACAACUGGUACUGUGAGCCAGGAGUUUACACGGCCUUUGCCUUCCUGGAGUACCUGGUGGUCUUCUCCAACAUGGCCUUCCACAUGACGGCCUGGUGGGACUUUGGCAACAAGGAGCUGGUGGUCAGCUCUCCCCCGGAGGACAAGCGCUUCUAGCCCCCCCCGGGGCCUGGCCGGCCAGCCAGCCAACCUCCCCCUGAGAGAGAAGCCCCUCCGGGUUCCCUGGGAAGGUCUCCAGCCUGCUGCGAGAUGCUGAUCUUUCCGGCCAGCCCUGGAGCCUCUGCCAAAGGAAGCCUGCGGAGGGCGGAUGAGAAGCAGCCAGGCGCUGGAGGCCUUUGGGACUGCCCGCCACAGGGGAGCUGGCUGCACAGGGCUGGCUUCUCUCCAGACAAAUGGGACUCUUGGGUCUUUGGGCGGAGAAGCCCCACGGGAUGCUGCUUCUCAACUGCGUGCGUGUGGGUCAGGAUGGCGGGAUCGUCCUCCUUGCUGACAAGGUGGGCUUAGGGGACCAGGCUUCCCGUGGCUCCUCUGCACUGGGGCCUACGCAGUGAGGGCGAGCAAGUGUCCCGGAUCAGCCCUGCCUGGUGCGGAGGGGGUCUCUUCCUCGCCCUGGGCAGCUGCAGCCCAUGCAGGGGGCUCCUCCGGUGGGAUCCCCCCACCAGCCAAGCAGCCUGCUCUGCGCUUGACAGUUGGGCCAGAAUGCGAGAGGAGCCAAAGGCGGGGGGGGGAGGGGAGUGCCCUCCUGAAUCGGGACUGCCCCUCUGCCGCCCCCCCCCCCCGGCAUCUGCACUGAGGCUCCCUCAGGUGGGGGCUUCUCUGCUGGCAGCUGAAACGGCGUCUGGGCCGGUUUGGUGCUCCUGCGGCUUCCCGGUGACCUCAGGGAGGGGCUUCCCUCUGCUGGCGCUCCUUGCUUGGAGACGUUGAGGGCCCCCCGCCCCCGUUUCCGGGAUUCUUGGGGGUGGGGGCGGAGGGCGGACAGUGGAGAAGGCCGGCAGGCUUGCUGGGCUGGACGAGGGCGUUCUGAAGGCAGCCUCUGAGUUGACCCUCUAGAGCUCAGCUCCGGUGGGGGGGGGACUUGGGGGGGGGCUGGAGUGGAGGGAGGAGGGGCAGCAGCAAGUCCCUGGCCGUUCAUGCCCAAGCCCACGGGCUUCCCUGGCCCGCCCACCCUGGCCCUGGCCCUGGCCCUGAAAGGAAGGAGCACAAGCCUUUCUCUCGGCGGGGGGGGUGGGAAGUGUGGGGUGAGUGUCCGCUCCCCUCCCCUGCACGGCCUGAGGCCCACCCGGUCUUCGGGCUAGCAAGGGAGGCCUCCUCGUGGGCCGGGUUGGUCUCCCUCCGAGUCCCCAAGGCCUGGUGGGCAGAAUCCAGAGGCAGGCCUGCUGGGCGGAGAGCUGGGCCCAAGCAGGGCUCUCGGCUGCAGGGGAGGCGGGCAGAGCUCCAGGGGACUCCCCAGGAAGGGGGAGGCCUGCUGGGCAGCGGCCCUGUGUCCGGCCCACCGGUGUGGAGCAGCCGCCCAGGAUCAGAGGGCUGGGGCCGGGGCCAGUGGCAGGGAGCUGCGGGGUGUCUUCUUCAGUCCGCCUCUCCCGGGGGGCAUUUCUCAGCUGACCGAGCGCCACCCGCCACCCUGGAAGGCAGCUCCUGUCCGUGUGUGCACUGUGCCAAUCUGUGCUACUCUUGUCGGGUGUGUGUGUGUGUGUGUGUGUGAGAAAGUAUGUGAGACUUUUGUACUGCCAGAUGUCUAUUUCCAUUGGAUUCCUGCUGCCGAGAUGAAAUAAAGCACUGAAUAUUUUUCA